AUGUCCGUUGAGGAAGGCACCCAUACCUUGCCCGAUGGCAAACAGCUGUAUACGAAAACAUUCAGGACGGACGGACCGGCAAAAGCCCGACUUGUAUUCAUCCAUGGUUUCUCAGAUCACGUCAACACCUACGGCGGCUUCUUUCCCCAUCUGGCCUCUAGAGGCAUUGAAGUUUACACGUUCGACCAGAGGGGAUGGGGCCGCUCUGUAACGAAACCCGCCGAGCGAGGAGACACGGGCCCGACUAGUCAGGUCCUUGACGAUAUCACCUCCUUUAUCAAGACAUUGAUUCCGAGCCCGGUACCGCUCUUCAUGAUGGGGCAUUCCAUGGGCGGCGGUGAGACCCUUUGCUACGCUGCACAAGGUCCAGAGGAAGUCCGCAAGCACAUUCGCGGCUUUCUCUUGGAGUCGCCGUUUGUCGACUUCGAUCCCAAGUCCAAGCCCUCUCCCGUCACAGUCUUUUUUGGCAGAGUCGCUGGAAAGCUCAUGGCGAAACGUCAGCUGACCAACAAGCUGGAUCCUAAACUUAUCUCACGAGACCCGGCGGUUUGCAAGCAAUUCGACGAGGAUGAGCUCUGCCAUGAUACGGGCACGCUCGAGGGGCUUGCAGGACUGCUCGAUCGAACCAAUGCUUUGUCUAGCGGCAAGGUCGUGAUACCUGACAAUGCUGGAGAGGGUGGCGUGACGAGGAUCUGGAUCGCGCAUGGAGAACAAGAUGGCAUCACCAGCUACCCUGCUUCGAAACGCCUGUUCAGUGCCCUACAAGUCAAGGACAAGGAGUUCAAGUCGUACGCGGGAUGCUACCAUCGCUUACAUGACGAGCCUAGUCCUGAUAAAGACGCCUUCCGGGACGACGUUGUCAACUGGAUACUUGCUCGCGCGACAGACCCUGCGGGCGAAGAUAGUGCAAAGCCAAGGCUAUAA